UCAUCUAGUUCAAGUACUUUCCUGCUAUUUUCUCUCAUUUUGGACUGUCAUAUGCUUAACACUAUAAAAGUACCUGCAAAACUGGAGUAAAUUUGGACUAGAAUUUGCCUUAAUCUCUUAUCAAAUUAUUCUUAACAAUGGCGGAGAAGUACUUUAAGUACGUGAUCCUUGGUGGCGGCGUUUCGGCUGGUUAUGCUGUUAGGGAGUUUGUAAACCAAGGAGUUAAACCAGGCGAGCUGGCGAUAAUCUCCAAAGAGUCGGUUGCUCCUUAUGAACGUCCUGCUCUCAGCAAGGCAUACUUUUUUCCUCAAGGACCUGCAAGACUCCCAGGCUUUCAUGUGUGCGCGGGAACUGGAGGGGACAUUUUGCUUCCGGAGUGGUAUUCAGCGAAAGGGAUAUCGUUGAUUCUUAGCACAGAAAUAGUGAAAGCGGACCUUGCUUCAAAAACUUUGACAAGUGCAAACGGAGAUAUGUUUAAAUAUCAAAUUCUAAUUAUUGCAACUGGUUCCACGGCGACAAAACUAACAGAUCACGGUGUGCCAGGGGCUGAUGCCAAGAACAUAUUUUACUUGAGAGACAUUGAAGAGGCCGAGACACUUGCAAAAGCUAUUAAAGCAGAAAACAGAAAGGUUGUGAUUGUUGGGGGUGGAUACAUUGGUCUUGAGCUUAGUGCAGUAAUGAAGAUCAACAAUUUAGAUGUCACAAUGGUUUAUCCCGGACCAUGGUGCAUGCCUCGACUUUUUACUGCUGAGCUAGCAUCAUUUUACGAGGGAUAUUAUGCAAGCAAAGGAGUCCAGAUCAUUAAAGGAACAGCAGCCGCAGGAUUUAAUAGCGAUACUAAUGGAGAUGUAAAGGAAGUAAAACUUAAGAACGAGAGGGUACUGGAAGCCGAUAUUGUUGUUGUUGGUGUUGGAGGAAGGCCUCUUACAACAUUGUUUAAAGGACAGCUUGAAGAGGAUAAAGGGGGAUUCAAGACUGAUGCAUUCUUCAAGACUAGUGUUCCUGAAGUAUAUGCUGUUGGUGACGUCGCAAGUUUCCCCAUGAAACUAUAUAAUGACACUCGAAGAGUUGAACAUGUUGAUCAUGCCCACAAAUCAGCUGAGCAGGCUGUAAAGGGUAUAUUCGCAAGCGAGCAGGGGAAAUUAAUUGACGAAUACGACUACCUGCCGUACUUUUAUUCUCGUGCAUUUGAUCUGUCAUGGCAAUUUUACGGUGACAAUGUGGGUGAAGCAGUGCUUUUCGGUGACAACAAUCCAGCCUCAGAAAAUCCCAAGUUCGGUUCCUACUGGAUCAAAGACGGGAAAGUAAUGGGAGUAUUUCUAGAGAACGGAAGUGCUGCAGAGAACAAGGCCAUUGCCAAAGUGGCCAGGCUACAACCUGCAGUUGACAGUUUGGACUUGUUAGCAACUGAUGCUCUCAACUUUGCCUGCAACAUCUAGUUGCUCUUUCGUAUUUCUUUUUUCAAUAAUUUCGUUCUGUAUAUUUGUUUUAUUAUUCGGAUCACAUAAACGACAUCUAUUUGUCCUUUUCUAUUGGUCCGGUCUGUUGUAAAAUUUUAUUACCCAGUAUCGGGUUAAUUAUGUAAACAAAGAAAAAUAAUCCGAACACCUUUUUUAUUGUGAGAA